AUGUCACCGCCUGUAAGGCAUCAACCAAAGCGAAGGAGCGAAAGCUCCAGCGACCGCCCCCGCUCGUCGUCGAGCGAAAAUGACGGCGAGAUCCAACUGGCUGGCCGCAUGACAUACAACCAAUUUCCCAUCUAUGCGAAUCGUGCGAGUACAUCGACUCCGAAUGACGAGCUGUCGGCCUUAGCCUACACCCCCGGAACUCACUCGCCUGACCUUUACGAUCGAACUGCUGUCGCAACUCCCAAUGAAGAAAAGACAGCCAGCAUAGCCGAGUUCAAGGCUGCCAAGGACUCAGCUGGUGCCGUCGGCAGCGGUGUAAUCAACGACGAAAAGAAGCCGCGAGCAGACCAACCCGCCAAGACGGCAGCCAACGGAUACCUCGACUAUGCUGAUGGUCUGCGUGGCAUUGCCAUGAUCAUGGUGUUCAACGGCCAUUUCGUCGACAACACGUUUGUACAGACGCAUCCUGGAACCAUUCAGAAUGGUACUCCGGUCGGUCUGCUUCGAAGUCCCAUCGGUUUGGUCCUCUUCUACAUGCUUUCGGGUCGUCUCAACGCCACCUCGUACUUUCGCAACAAGGCUCUUGGCCGUCCUAUCAUCUGGUCCGUAGUUCCUGAGGCCAUGGUCCGUCGCGCUCUGCGUCUUCUCAUCGUUGGUGCUGUCUGGCUAGUGAUUCAGAAGGUCGAGUGCGGCACACACGCCUUUGAUCAGACCGUGAUUGCAGAAGGCUGGUUGCAGAGCGGCAACCUCGGCUAUCCACAAUGGUGCAACGUCAACUUCAACAACCCAUCCCCCUUCCCACGAGACUGGCAGAUCUCGACCAGUCUUGGCGACAUUGUGGUUGGUCUCCUUCGCCUUGGUACUAAUCGUGACUAUCUACAGCAGCUGCUCAAUACGUCGAUGCUUUGGUCGAUUGUGCCGCAGUUAUGGGGUAUGCUUUCGGUGCUCAUGCUGCUGCCAAUCGUCAUGCACCUUGCGCCCUCGCGCCGCUUCGUCUUGUACGCGCUGUUGCUCAUCUUUGAGGGAUACACGUACAAUCAGAACAUCCCUUUCACCGUCGGUGCCAUCGCCGCCGAUCUCAAGGCAUCCGGAUACAUUAAAAAGUUCAACCAGAAAUCGCGCAUCGCAUUCCUGCUCACCGAGCUGGCGCUAGCCGCGUUUUUCGUUGCCGCUUUUUGCUACAACCCCAUCUUUAUCAAAAUCGACUCUGGUCUGCAACAAAUCACGGUUCGAGAUGGCGUCUUGGGCUACAACAUCACCGAGUUUACCGCUGGUCGCAUGCCAAGCUACCUCAUCAUGGCAGGUGUGCUGUACUUCUGGCUCGAGAUGAGUGUGGUGCUCCAAUGGCUGAUUGGCAACUGGGCUUUUAAGGCGCUGGGUCGUGUUGCUCUCGGAUUCUACGUCUGCCAGAUGUCGAUCAUCUACGGUAUCAUGCCUUACCUCGUGAUCCACUUCCGUGACCGCGGCUACUCGUUCUGGAGCAACAUGUGGAGCACCUGGCUCAUCACCUUUUUUUCGGCGUACGUGGUAGCCUGGAUCAUUUCGCAUACGCUCGAUAAGUGGGCCAUGAUCUUCAGUGACUGGUUCGCAAAGACCAUCAUUCGCGAGGAUACGAUUGCGACACUCAAGGUAUCUGCCGUGAACACGAUGCGGGCCGUGAUUUUUGGCCCUCCUGCCAUUGUCAAGGCCACUCCUGGAUGGCUCAAGCACAAAUGGAGCAAGACCAAGCACUUCUUCUGGGUCAUGUUCCACUGGAGGACCAUGGUGGACUCGCCUGCACCACCUUCGCAUCCCAUGGAGGUCGGAUUGCAGAUGAACCAGCUGCACUCUACGCUGUUUGACGCUGAUAUCUCUGAUGACGAGCAAGCGGUGAGGACGAGAUGGAUGCUGAGGGCGCUCUCGUUCAUGGCGCCGGUGCAAGUGUUGAUCAUCCUUGGUCUGGGUUUCAUCUGGAUGUGGUUGAACCCCUGGUCGAGCUACAUUCUGGAGGGUUUUGCCGACUUUUCGACCGUUUGGCGAGUGCUGUGGGCCCUUGCGCUGCCUUACUGUAUUAUUACGACGCUUGGAUUUGCCACGCCCGAUGUUACGAGAACCACCGAGGAGCUCAAGAAGAAGCCCGUCGUGCGCGAGCACAUUCACCGUCUCUUUAUCGUCAGUGUCACACGAGGCUCCAAUCCCGAGACAACGCGACGAGCGCACUUGCACCUUAAGAAGCUCGAAAAGUACCACCCUGCAGUGCGUGCCAUUGUGCUUACCGACGAGCCUUAUCAUUACCCGGAUCUGGACAAUGUCAUGACACCCAAGGCGUACAAGUCGCCACAAGGCAAGGCCAAGCACAAGGCCAAGGCGCUCGACUACUUCCGAUCUUCGAUGGGUCUUACGCCAUACGACUGGGUGCUGCACAUGGACGAGGAGUCCACCAUGGAUGCUGAGAGUCUGCGUGGAUGCUUUGACUUCAUUCGUUACAAUUCCGCCCACAUUGGCCAAGGCAUCAUCAUUUACAAUGGAAAGCGCGAGACGUACUGGAGGAACUGGUUCUUUGCCGUUGCCGACUGCAUCCGUGUCGGUGACGAAUUGGCCAGGUUCUCACUGCAGGGCAACAUCAUCAAACGUCCCGUCUUUGGUGUCCACGGCUCUUUUCUUAUGAUCAACGGCGAUGUCGAGAACAAGGUGACUUGGGACUUUGGUUCUUUGGCCGAAGACUUUGAGUUUUCGCAGGCGGCUUGGGCCAAGGGAUUCACGCUUGGUCGAAUCCACGGUGUGGUGCGCGAGCAGUCGCCUGAAGGCUGGGCCGAUUUCAUCAAGCAACGUCGUCGAUGGUACAUGGGCAUCCGUGGUAUCGACGGACUCUUCUUCCUACCUCAGAUGGCCAUCAAGCUAUGGACGGCGGGUAUCUUCUGUCUGGUGGCCACUCUCAUCAAUAUACCUUUUUCACUGUUGCUCGAGUGGUCGGGUCCUACACCGAGAUGGUUGUACGUCAUCUCGUGUUUCUGCUUUGGUAACUUUUACUGGCUGUACUAUUCGGGGCUGUUUUUCUCGGAGCUGGACUAUGGAUACAAAUGGUACCAAGCUUGGCAAAUUCCCGUGCACACCAUUGCGUUGCUCAUUUUGCAGCCCAUCAUGGCGUUUGUAGAAGGUAUGGCGGUGGUAUACGCCAUGUCGACCGAGGAUGGCGAGGUUGGAUUCCAGGUUAUCAAGAAGUAA